AUGGGAUUCGAUAUCGCAUUAUCGAUGGCCAAGUCUUUACGCAACCAUACAUUUUUGCUAUGGCUUCGCAUGUUGCACGAUACGGGACCUGGGAAAGCAAAAACAUUCACUAUCGACUUUCUGGGCAGACACAUGAUUCACACUAUCGAGCCUGAGAAUAUGAAAGCUAUCUCUGCGACCGUCUGGAAGGAUUUUGGCGUCGAGCCACUGCGACGCAGUACGGGAGCAAGUAUGCCCUUUGCUGACAAGGGAGUCAACACAACGGAUGGCCAUGAUUGGGCAUUUAGCAGAUUUCUGAUCAAGCCUUAUUUCUUGCGUGAGGCUUUCUCCAACACAGAUCGUCUGAAGGUCCACACGGACAACCUAUUGAGUCUCAUUCCUUUGGAUGGGUCUACUUUCGACAUGCAGACACUCAUGCAACGCUGGUUUCUUGACACAUCCACAAAUUUCCUCUUUGGUGAAUCUAUGGGUUGUUUGCUAUACCCUGAAAGAGCUGAGAUUGCUUGGGCAAUGACCGAUAUCUUGCGCGGGUUACGUCUCCGCCUCCAAAUGAGCAAAUGGCUAUGGCUUUUUCGAUGGAAAGUCUGGUUCGGUGCGAUUGAUAUUGUUCACGAAUUCAUCGAUCGCCAGGUUGACAAGGCCUACAAGGAGAGAGCUAAAGCAUCGAAGGAAGGCGUUUCAAGCGACAAAAACUCUUCAUUUGGAGUCGAACUCAAGCCAGAACGAGGAGAUCUACUAUGGUCAAUGGUUGGGAACGUCCCGGAAGACAGGGAGCGAUUACGGUCGGAAAUGCUGCUUCUAUUCGUUCCCAACAAUGACACGACCUCUAUCUUUAUCAGCAACGUAUUUUGGAAUCUUGCUAGAUUUCCUGAAGUUUAUGCCAAAGUGAGGGAAGAAGUUCUCUCGAUCGGAGAGGAUGCUCCCCUGACCUACGAGGCGCUAAGGUCGAUGAAAUACCUAGACGCCGUACUCAAUGAGACCCAUCGGCUAUACCCGAAUGGUAUCAUGCAGGUUCGCUACUGCAUCAAAGACACUUCAUUGCCACUUGGUGGUGGUCCAGACGGAAAGUCGCCCAUCUAUGUUAGGAAGGGUGACGUUGUCCAAGUCAAUAAGAAUGUCAUGCAACGAGAUAAAGACAUUUGGGGCGAAGACGCGGAAGACUUCGUCCCCGAAAGAUGGUUCGGAUUACGUCCAUAUUGGAACUUCGUGCCAUUCGGUGGAGGUCCCCGACGUUGUCCCGCACAGCUUCUAGUUACUACAGAGGCCAGCUAUGUCAUCUCGCGGUUCUGUCGAAAGUUUAAGCUCAUUGAAAAUCGCGAUUCUAAAGGCUAUGUUCCUGUCAUGAGAGCCGGCCCCGUCAAUACUAAUGGCGUCAAAAUUGCAGUCACACCGGCAUAG